CGAAGCGAAAAUUACAUGAGUAGACCGGCAAAAAACACGAAACACAAACUCAGGCCGCUUCUCUCUCUCCUCUUCGCUUCUCUUGGUCUCUGUCCCCCUCGCCGUCACCACCUUGCCGACACGCCAUCGUCGUCAUCUUCUUCAAGGUCGCUCCUCUCUGUCUCGUAUGCAGUCGUUAUUAAAAUGCCAAUGGAGAUUGGAGAGAACGAUGGUUCAGUGGAGAUGCUGAAGAAUAUACAUAUCUCUUCCUACGAGGACGAUAAUGAUGAUGAUGCAGAUCGAGAAGAAGUGGAGGAUCUGAUGAAUGAUGAUGAUGACAACGAGAAUGAUGAAGUGCAAAAACCAGUAACCCUAGGAUUUGUAGAAAAGCCAAAAAAUAAAUGGUCCCUGCUCCGUCAACUCUUCCCUAGCAAAGCUGGUGGGGUACCGGCUUGGUUGGAUCCAAAUGAUCUACCAUCUGGUAGGUCUCGCCUUUGUGAUAUGUGUGGAGAACCUUUGCAAUUUCUACUUCAGGUAUAUGCACCGACCUCUGAUCGAGAAUCCACAUUUCAUCGUGCAUUAUAUUUGUUCACGUGUCCGUCAAUGCCUUGUCUUCUUCGUGAUCAACAUGAACAAUGGAAGCAACCUGCAGUAAAUGCAUCUCGAAGUGUGAAGGUUUUUCGUUGCCAAUUGCCUCGUGACAAUCCCUUCUACUCAACUGAACCCCCACGGCAUGAUGGGAGUGACAAACCUUUAGGGAGUGGAGCUCCACUUUGUAAAUGGUGUGGAACAUGGAAAGGAGAUAAAGUUUGUGGUAGUUGCAGAGAAGCACGAUACUGCUCUGAAAAACAUCAGGCCAUGCAUUGGCGCUCAGGUCAUAAAGUUACCUGCCAAAAUAGUAGCACAAAUGCAGGAAACUCAUCAGCAGAAGACCAGAAACCUGCAAGCAGGAGUCUAUGGCCUGAGUACGAGAUUGUUAAUGAGGAUGAGGCUGAAUAUGAUGUCAAUGUGCCGGCUGAUUUGGAUAAUACCGAUUGUCUGGUAUCCAGAAACCAGAUGGAUGACUCAAUAAAUUCACUUGUUGAUUGUUUCCAGGGUGACAGUGACAGGAGGAGUUGGGGCAACUUCCAAGAACGCAUUGCCAGGGCGCCUGAGCAAGUUUUAAGGUACUGUCGAAAUGUAGGCGCUAGGCCCUUGUGGCCAAUGUCAAGUGGUCAGCCAUCAACAGCUGAUAUUCCCAAUUGCAGCUAUUGCGGAAAGCCCCGGUGUUUCGAAUUGCAGGUCUUGCCUCAGCUACUUUACUUUUUAGGUGUGGAGAACAAUGCGGAUUCACUUGACUGGGCUACCAUAGUUGUUUAUUCCUGUGAAGCAUCUUGCGAUGGGGCGGCAGGUUACAAGGAAGAAUUUGCUUGGGUGCAAGUGUCAUCCCCUUCUCAAGUGGUACCUUGAAAAUCUUUCUAUUUCAUUCAGCUCCUCUAAUUGAUGAUCGUCUGCGGCAAAGAUGUCUGUAACUUCUGAAAGUUACUAAAGAUUUUGCGGUCUUAGGUUGAUAGGAUAUGUAGUCUUCUGCAUUUGCUUAUUACGUUUUUAUGUUUUAUGGUUUAAUCGUACUAUCUUAAAGUUUUAAAAUUUGAUUGCGGUUUGAGUUACAAAUUUUUGAACUUA